GAAAAGAGGUGCAGGAGACACAACUGUUUAAUUUAGUAUACGUAAUUAACAAUCCCCAUUUGUGUGUGUGUGUGGUUUUUAUUUUUAUUUUUUUUUAAAUCUAAUUGAUACAUAAUUAGUGAUAUUGCAAGAUGUUUAGUUGCAAAGGCUAAUUUAGUCAGAUGGAUUGAACAACUACAGUUGAUGCAACCAUGGACAUCAAGCAAACGUACAAGAUAAGUAGACUUGAUUGGCAAGGAGACCCAUGUCUCCCACCAGCAUAUAAGUGGAGUGGUUUGCGCUGCGGUUCUGAGAAUUCUACUAUGAGGAUCACAUAUCUGGAUUUGAGCUCUAGCAGCUUAGAAGGGGAGGUUUCUUCUGCAUUCGUCAAUCUCACAAAAAUGGAGUCUCUGAACUUAUCAAAUAAUAAACUAAGAGGAUCGGUGCCAGAAUUUUUAGCCCAACUACCCAAGCUGAAAGUCCUUGAUUUAUCUGGAAACAAAUUCAAAGGACAAAUUCCGCACACUUUAAUGGAGAAGUCCAAGAAUGGAGCUCUGAAACUAAGCUUGGAUGAAAAUCCUGACCUAUGCCUGUCAGAUGCUUGUGAAAAUAACAAUAAGAGGGUGGUUCUUCCCAUUGUUGCUUCUACUGCUUCAAUUGUAGCCCUUCUUAUCAUCUUGAGUGUUCUGCUCAUCAUUUGCAGAAUUAAAAAGAGAAGACAAAAAGGGGCCAAAUUAAAGGAGGAGCAGUCAAUGAAAUCAAAGAAUAGGACCUUUACUUACUCCCAGAUUGCUAACAUAACUUCAAAUUUCACAAUGGUUAUUGGGGAAGGAGGAUUUGGAAAAGUUUACCUUGGCACCUUGACUAAUGGCACUCAUGUUGCUGUUAAGGUUCUAUCAUCAUCAUCAAAGCAAGGCUAUAGGGAAUUCCAAGCAGAGGCACAAUUGUUAAUGAUAGUUCAUCAUAAGAACCUGGUUUCUUUGGUGGGAUAUUGUGACGAAGAUGACAACAAAGCUUUGGUCUAUGAAUACAUGGCUAAUGGAAACUUAAGACAGCAUUUUUCAGAUGGAAACAAAAACAUUUUGAGCUGGAUCGAAAGACUUCAAAUUGUUGUAGAUGCUGCACAUGGAUUGGAGUAUCUGCAUACUGGUUGCAGGCCACCGAUAGUACAUAGAGAUUUGAAAACCUCCAACAUCUUGUUGACUGAGAACAUACAAGCCAAGUUAGCUGACUUUGGAUUAUCCAGAGCUUUUUCAACAGAAUUUGCUUCCCAUAUAUCAACUUCCCUUGCAGGAACGCCUGGAUACCUAGAUCCUGAAUUUCACUCAUUGGGAAUCAUCAACAAGAAAAGUGAUGUCUACAGCUUUGGAAUAGUUCUCUUAGAGCUGGUUUGUGGUCAACCUGUCAUAACAAGAGGUGAAGAGCGCAAUCACAUAAUUGAGUGGAUUAAUCCUUUGAUUGAAAGAGGGGAUAUUCAGAGGAUCAUUGAUCCAAGGUUACAAGCGUGCUAUCCCAUUGUCACAGCAAUUGGAGUAUUACAAGGAGUACCAGAAAAAGUGAGCAAAGUUAGCUGGAAGUAACAGAUCUGCACUCGUUAUCAAGGACUCAAUUUAUAUU